GGCGAUUAUGUCAGAUGACGACGGCGCAGGCACCUCGAGUGACGACGCGCUCGAAGCAGAAGAUAUCCUUGCCAUGGCAGCAAAGAAGGCAAAGAAGAAGGAACUACCAAAUAUCGACCACUCCACCAUCGAUUACGAACCCUUCCGUAAAGAAUUCUACGUCGAGCCCGCGGAGUUACGCGAGAUGACUGAGGAGGAAGUCGAUGAGCUUAGGCUCGAGUUGGAUGGGAUUAAGAUUCGGGGUGUUGAGUGUCCGAAGCCUGUGCAAAAGUGGUCACAGUGUGGGCUGAGUGCUGCUGUGUUGGAGGUUAUCACAAGGCUUGGGUAUGAGAAGCCUACCUCCAUUCAAGCGCAGGCGAUCCCGGCGAUUAUGUCUGGUCGCGAUGUUAUCGGUGUCGCGAAAACUGGAUCAGGUAAGACAGUCGCGUUUUUGUUACCGAUGUUUCGGCACAUCAAGGAUCAGAGGCCGCAUGAGGCGAGUGAGGGACCGAUUGGGAUCGUGAUGACCCCGACACGGGAGUUGGCUGUGCAGAUUCAUCGGGAGUGUAAGCCGUUCUUGAAAGCUCUUGGGUUGAGAGCUGUUUGUGCGUAUGGUGGGAGUCCGAUUAAAGACCAGAUUGCUGAUUUGAAGAGGGGUGCUGAGAUCAUUGUUUGUACGCCUGGACGGAUGAUUGAUUUGCUUGGGGCAAACGCUGGACGUGUCACGAAUCUUCGACGGGCUACGUAUCUAGUUCUUGACGAAGCUGAUCGGAUGUUUGAUAUGGGUUUCGAGCCGCAGGUGAUGAAGAUUGUGAAUAACGUCCGACCACAACGACAAACUAUCUUAUUCUCGGCGACGUUCCCGAAACAGAUGGAGGCGCUUGCGAGGAAGAUUUUGCAGCAUAGGCCUGUUGAGAUUACGGUUGGUGCGCGCUCUGUUGUCGCGCCGGAGAUUACGCAGAUCGUUGAGGUGAGGGACGAAGACACAAAGUUUUUCCGGACGUUGGAGCUACUGGGCAAUCUCUACAACGAGGAUGAGGAUGCUCGUACUCUGAUUUUCGUGGAAAAGCAGGAGAGUGCGGAUCUCUUGCUCGGGGAUUUGAUGAAGCGGGGAUAUCCCUGCAUGUCCAUCCAUGGUGGUAAGGAUCAGGUUGAUCGUGAUUCUGCGAUUCUUGAUUUUAAGAACGGGGUUGUGCCGAUUUUGGUUGCUACGUCUGUUGCUGCACGCGGGUUGGAUGUGAAACAGUUGAAGUUGGUCAUCAACUACGAUUGCCCAAACCACAUGGAAGACUACGUCCACCGUGUCGGUCGAACUGGUCGUGCGGGGAAUACGGGAACGGCCGUAACGUUCAUUACCCCCUCCCAAGACCGUUACGCCGUCGACAUUGCCAAAGCCCUCCGUCUCUCCAAAUCACCGAUCCCAGCCGAGGUCAAAUCCCUCGCCGACCAAUUCGGCGAGAAAGUCAAAGCUGGGACCAUCAAAGCCGCUGGAUCUGGGAGUGGGUUUGGAGGGAAGGGGUUGGAAAGGUUCGAUAAGGAGAGGGAUAUGUUGCGGAAGAUGCAGAGAAAGGUGUAUGGGGAGGAAGAUGGGGAGGAGGAGGAGGGGGAGGAGGAUGAGGAGACGAAGAAGAGGGUUGAGGCGGCUGCUACUGUAAGUGGUGGAGUGCCUGCUGAGACGGCGGAGACACCGGUGGCGGCGACGACCAAUGCUAACGAGGUUGUUCUUAACGCGCCUGCUUCUGCGCCUGGCGUUGCUUCUGGUGCCGCUGGUGGUGGUACGGGUGCUGCUCCUGCGGCGACCGCUGACGGCAAGGCAACCAAGAACGCCGCUUUGGACAAAGCACUGGCAGCCAUCGCAAACAUCAAUUCUCGCCUCAAAUCCGCCGGCCAGCUGCGCUCCACAACCGCCAUCGAUCCCAAAGCCACAAUCGCCCCCGGCGCUCUUCUUCCCCCGGACGCAGGCGAAUACCGCGCCAUCCUCGAAAUCAAUGACUUUCCCCAGAAAGCCCGCUGGGCCGUCACCAACCGCACAAACAUCGCAAAGGUGUUGGACGCGACGGGCGUGUCUAUCACGACGAAGGGACAGUUGGUUCCGAAAGGCGAGAGUGCACCGGUUGGCAGUAGUAAGUUGUAUCUACUUGUUGAGGGUGAGAGUCAGAUUAGUGUUGAUGGGGCGAUGAAGGAGUUGAAGAGGUUGUUGACGGAGGGGACGGUUGCUGCUAUUGAGAAUGAGGGGAGGGGAGGGCCUACGGGGAGGUAUUCUGUGUUGUAAGCGUGCAUAUGAUUGUAAGCGUAAUCUUUCCCUCAUUUGAAAUGUGUGACUCGGAUAGGAGUAGCUAUAGGUUUUGUCAUUUCAUACUUUUGUUGAUUUGCUUCAAUACGACUUGAUAUCCUACAAUUCCUCCCUCAAUCUCAUACAGUAUGCGUAUGUGUGUAACCUACAAACUUCGACCUUACUUCUUCUGCAC